AUGCUUCGUCGCAAACCUACGGCAAUAGCAGUGACAUCCGAAGACCUUGCUGCCUUUGAAGACGCACGAUUACGCAAACUAGCCAAAGAAAACAACAGUCAGGCUCAUGUCGAAAACAGUUCCAAUUCCCAUUUUGAUCCGAGUGACGAGUUGAAACCACUACCGGGAGACAAAGCAAGAAUUGUUCGGUCUCGCGAGGAGCGGAUAGGAAUCCGGCGCAACUGA